CUGUUCUGGGUUUUUGAAAUAAUUCGAUUUUCGAUUUUCAAAAUUUUUAUUAUUAUAAUAUGAAAAAAGAACUUUCAAUUAGCCAUAUCCAAAAGUGCGAGCUUUUUCUUUGUCUUGUUUGUAACUCGUUCUCUUAUCAGUUUCUUUAAAUAAAACCCAUUUGCAAGACUCAGCCAUUCUUCAAAUUUCCAAGCUUGGGAGCUUGAAAAAAUUGACCUUUUCAUGGUUCAAAGCUUAUAGCUUUCUCUCAUUUUUGACAAAGCCCUUAUAAGCCAUUUCUUCUUUUCUCUUGAUCUAUCAAAAAGAAAAAAAAAAGAAAAUGUUUGGUACCCAAAGCAAAAGGGACCUUGCCUUGGAAUUGCAGGCACAAAUUCCAAUCUUAAGGCCAAGCAUCCAUGCAAGAAGGGCAAAUCUAACAGUGAAAUUCCAAGACCUUUAUGGGUUCACGGUAGAAGGCAAUGUGGAUGAUGUUAAUGUGUUGAAUGAGGUAAGAGAAAAGGUAAGGCAACAAGGGCGUGUUUGGUGGGCACUUGAAGCAAGCAAAGGGGCCAAUUGGUAUUUGCAGCCACAGGUUUCUUCAAUAUCUGAAGGAAUUGUGUUGAAAUCUUCACUUAAAUUGUCAGCUUUGGCUAAUGCAAUUACAUUGAAGAAGCUUAUUAGGAAAGGUAUACCCCCUGUGCUUAGGCCUAAGGUUUGGUUUUCGCUUUCGGGUGCUGCCAAGAAGAAGUCUACGGUUCCUGAAAGCUAUUAUAAUGAUUUGACAAAGGCGGUGGAGGGUAAGGUCACACCUGCUACGAGGCAGAUUGAUCAUGACCUUCCACGAACCUUCCCUGGUCAUCCAUGGUUGGACACUCCAGAGGGCCAUGCAGCACUCCGGCGUGUGCUUGUAGGUUAUUCUUUUCGUGAUUCUGAUGUAGGCUACUGUCAGGGCUUAAAUUAUGUUGCUGCAUUGCUAUUGCUUGUUAUGAAAACAGAGGAAGAUGCAUUUUGGAUGCUUGCCGUCCUUCUUGAGAAUGUUUUAGUUAAUGACUGCUAUACAAAUAACUUAUCUGGAUGCCAUGUUGAGCAAAGGGUUUUUAAAGAUUUGCUUGCUAAGAAGUGCCCAAGGAUUGCUACUCAUUUGGAAGCAUUGGAGUUUGAUGUCUCCCUUGUAGCUACUGAGUGGUUCCUGUGCCUCUUUUCUAAAAGCUUGCCUUCAGAGACAACUCUACGGGUGUGGGAUGUCCUUUUCUAUGAGGGUGCCAAGGUUCUUUUUCAUGUAGCUUUGGCUAUAUUUAAGAUGAAGGAAGAGGAGUUGCUUCUAACGCAUCAGGUUGGUGACAUUAUUAAUAUAUUACAAAGAACUACCCAUCACCUUUUUGAUCCUGACGAGUUAUUGACGGUUGCAUUUGAUAAGAUCGGUUUUAUGACGACGAACACUAUAUCAAAGCAAAGGAAAAAGCAAGAACCAGAAGUAAUGAAAGAACUUGAUCAGAGAUUGAGAAGACUAAACUCUCUCAGAGCUGAUGACAAAUAACAAUUAUUGUGAGCAGACCAAGUUGUAGAUCAAACAUCUUACAAUCGACCCGCUUUCUGUAUGUAGAAGAACAUGAAUUUAAUGCCUUAUAUUCACUCUGCCAAGGACCAGGUAAAGAGUGUUUUUUUUUUUCCCAGGAUGUUGUAGGUGAUAAAAUGUAAAUUUUGAAUCCAUACAGACUACACAGCUGAAGUUACUUUGCAAAUCAGUCUGGGCACUGUUGAAUUUUGUGUGCCCAGUGAUUUUAUUUGCCAUUGGCUGCUUCUCAAAAUGUUUCUAAGGUUACUCUAAACAAGUUUAACCCCUUUUUCUCUAUUAAAAGUUUUAAACAAUUGCCAACUAUUCCUUGUAAAGCGAAGGAGAGUAGGUAAGGAAAUGAAAUAAAGUUCAUAUUCUUCUUGGUUAUUUAUAUAUACAAGAAAAAUAGAGAUGGAAGAGGAAGAAGAAAGAAAUGAUUUGCUCUGUCUCCCAUCCUUUUCUAUGCAAUUGAUUGACAGACCUCCAAUGGAAUGUAAUGUCAGCAUCUUCCAUCACGAUGUUAAUUUUUUUUUAUUCCUGUAAACUUCUUUUCAACAUUUUUCACCUACUUCGUGAAACAUUUAAACAAACCAAUAAACCUCAAUUCGAAAGCUGUAAAGUUUGUUAAAAAAAAAAAGGAGGAUAGCUGUAAAGUUUUGU